GACUCUUACAGCCGUGCUCGUGACUGUGAAUUGGUCGGGUUGGGCAUUUUGGAAUUUGGAACGAGUGUGUACUGUGGCUCUUGGCGGCGGACGUGAACGUUGGAGCGAGAAUGGGGAAGCCCGGGAAAAAGCAAAGCCACCGUCGACGAAAGCCUCGGGCCUUCUACGGCGGUUCCGACGAAGACGAAGGCCAACAACAAGAAAAUUGCGAAGUCACCGUUCCUUCCUCUGAUGAAGGGAGACUGAGAAAACAAAUGAUGAUGAUCAAGAACAAGAACAAGAACAAGAACAAGAACAAGAACAAGAGCAAGAGAAGUUAAACCUUUGCCCUUCAAAGUUUCUUCUCUAUCAACAAUCAGUCCAGUCGCCCAAGGGGGAUAUAAGCUAUUUGCAGAAAUUCUUCCUCAUGUACGUCGGUGGGAGAUCUCCCCUCCAUCUCCAAGAGGAUUUCUGCGGCACCGCUUUUCUAUGUACAGAGUGGCUUCGCAGUGAUCCAAGACGAACUGCUGUAGGAGUGGAUUUUGACCUUGAGGCCCUUGCCUGGUGCCUGGAAAACAACGUAAAUAAAAUUGGGGCUGACGGGUGUUCUAGAAUGUCCCUGUUUCAUGGGAAUGUUCUACAGCCUCUCAAUGCCAGAUUAGUCAAGAACAAGCCCCAAGAUUUAAUUACAAACAUUACACUGGAUGACUGUGAAGAGUGUCCUGAGACAGUUGCCCCAGAAUCGACCAUGCAAGAGCACCCUAGUAGUUCUACGGAUGAUGUCACAAAGAUGAACUGUUCACUGUCUGCAAGGGACAUCGUUUGUGCAUUUAAUUACAGCUGUUGUUGCCUCCAUAGGCGUGCAGACCUGAUCUUGUAUUUCAGGAAUGUUCUUGAUACAUUGUCUCGGGGAGGUGGUAUAUUCGUAAUGGACAUUUAUGGAGGUACAUCAUCAGAACGCAAACUUAGGCUUCAGAGGAGAUUCCCAAACUUUACUUAUGUGUGGGAGCAAGCUGAGUUCGAUAUUAUAAAUCGCACAACAAGAAUUAGUCUUCAUUUUCAUCUCAAAAAUCAAAAGAAGAAGAUUCGACAUGCAUUCUCUUACAACUGGAGACUGUGGUCAUUGCCUGAAAUCAAGGACUGCUUGGAAGAGGCUGGAUUUCAGUCGGUCCAUUUUUGGAUUCGACGGAUGCCAGAUGCAAGGGAAAUGAGAACUUCAGAGGGACUUUCUGCGGGACGAGACAUUAAGUAUGAGGAGGUGUUAACUUUCCAACAAGAAGAUGCUUGGAAUGCAUAUAUUAUUGGCGUUGCAAAAUGAUGGUAGUUCUCGUUUAUUAAAUUUUAGCAAGCAAGCAACCUUUCGGGCAUCAUUUACUACUGAAUAUUCAAGGUUUCUUUGUCAAAGCUCAUCACUUAUAUCUGCAGUUGAUAAAUGACAGAAGCAACUCUUUUGUACCAAGUAUCUGUGGCCAUCUCCUUUCUGGAAAAAACCAUUUGCUUGGUUAGGGCUGGAGAGAGAUUGUAAGAAACAAAAAUGUCUACACAUUAAAAGGUUCUCAGGCAUGCAAGCUCAUUGGCCAAGGAUUGUCUACCCUUACAUUCUAGUUCCCCUUCCUUCCUCGAAACACUCCCAGUGAUGUUGCUCCUAUGUUGCCAAGAAAAUUUCUAGAGAUAAAUUACAUUUUCACUAA